GGGGCCCUGGUGGGGAAGGGGGCCCGGCAGGGUGGAAUCAUUCAGUUUUGGAUAUACCGAGUUUAAGAUGGAUGGAGCUUGUCCCGCUGUGGCUGUUCCCUUCAUUGUCGGUCUGCAGCUCACAGGGCAUCGAAUGUGAGCUGUGUGAAAGGCAGUUCGAGCUUUGCGACUGGUGCUCAGCAGGAAACCAGGACUGGACAACACAAGCUCAGUCGUGGGCACGGGGAUGAGAACUGUAUGUCAGGCUGCUGGGUCAAGGUGAGAUUAAGAAAAGGCCAGCAGGGAGAUGCGGUGGGGGAGGGGCACCCCUCAGUUUUUAUUCUUGGUGACCAUCUUAGGGAUGGAAGGAAUAUUUAGGGAGGAGAUCUCCAGCUGACCUUUGGUUUUCUCUUGGUUCGCCCUCCCCCGCUGCCCCCACCCUAAGAAGCUAAAAUAAGCCACUGUGCCCAAUGACUGAGGGAAACUACCCCUUCCUCAUCCAAGUAGAGAAGAGCUGGGUGGAAGGAUGGCCUUCUUCGGGCCCCUCUGGGUCGGCCAUCCAGGCUGCCCAUUUCUCAGCUGGUGAUCUGGAGGGCACUUUGCCCUUCCUCCUCCCCCUUUGGUAACCUCCUCUAUCUUCCCUGGCCAAGGUCAGGGCUGGUAAAAACCAUAUAAAAGCCACGCCCCAAAUCCUCCCUCUGUGGCGGGAGCCCCUUGUUGGAGGGGGGACCACAGGAAGGGGGCUGAAUGAAUAAGCGUGGCAGCCCCCACUCCCCCUCCACUUCCUGAUGUGUCUUGGUGGCUCUGAGCACUUUCUGGAAUUCCUUCCUCCCAGGAUGUGGCCGGGUCCCUGGCCAGCCCCGGGGGCCCCUCCCGGGCUGGGUCUGUCCCAGGGAUCCAGACCUUAGAAGGGCACUCGGCUCUUCCUGGGCCCACCUAAUGCCAGCUUAAUCCCAUCAGUAUUUCGGUGGAUUAGUGCCCGGCUUCCCCAGUGACCUCAAAAACACAGGAAAGCGUGUGAGCCAUCCCAUGAUGACUCGGAAAAUGCACUGUCCAUGAGCAGGAAAGCCCGGUGGCUGUGCCGAGGCCCCUUUAUCUUCAGUGACCCGGCCUGGGCCCGGGUUAGCCCUUGGCUUAAUCCCAUUAGCGGAGCUUAUGUCAGUGGCUUUAAAACCCAGGGAUUGGGGUCCGGCAGGAGAGGGCUGGGAGCCAGGUUGCACAGGCUGGUCGGGGAAGGGUAGCCCGGGAGGCCGACCAAGCCCUUGGCAGGAGGGAGUGAGGCAGACUCCGGGGGGAGGGCCAGGCCCGCACCAACAUGCCGGUGAUCAAUAUCGAAGACCUGACGGAGAAGGACAAGCUGAAGAUGGAGGUGGAGCAGCUGAAGAAAGAGCUGACGCUGGAGAGGCAGGUGGUCUCGAAAUCCUGUGAAGAAGUGAGGGACUACAUCGAGGAGAGGUCGGGGGAGGACCCUCUUGUGAAGGGGAUCCCGGAGGACAAGAACCCCUUCAAGGAGAUCAAGGGGGGCUGCGUCAUCUCCUGAAGGCCCACGGCAGUGACCAAGAGCUGUCAAAUGAGUUUAGAGCCCUUUGCUGUCCCAGGCCAGUGUCCGUGGGAAUUGGGGCAGCCCCCCCCCAACCCGCUCUGGAGAAGAGGAAGGCCCCUGGCUGCCCGCAGGCUGCUGCUUUCUCCUCUCCCGCACCCCCUCACACUCCUAGGGUUCACUUGGAAUAAAGAUUGGAAAAGCGCUCACUGAAGUGUCUCUGGGGUUUCUGGGGCUCAAUAAACACUUGGGGCUGUUCAGUGACGGUAGCUCUCUCGCUAAGACUCUCCUUCCAGCUCUGAUGAGUCCCUCCCCACAGAGGGCUCCCGGCUCUCCCCAGUCUGGUCUUCUGGCACGAGGGUGGGAUUCUCCCCAGGGAACUGGCAGGGCCCGGGGCCGGCCUCCAGUUUGUGGCCAGGUUUCAGUUUGAUCACUUCUUAUUCCACUUUCAGACAAUCCCUCCCGGAAAACCGCUCGCUGGGCCUCUGCCAGGCUCUGCAUUAGCCUAGGCUCUGCAUUAGCCUCGGCUCUUCCGACUGGGCUCCCGAGCCCUGUGGGCCAGGCUAUGCUCAAAAGAGGCUCCCCAGGCUCAAGCUGAGUCGGCCACAGGCUCUCCUUGGCCCCUGGAAGAUGGAUGGAGUUGGGGAUCCUAUCCCAUACCCCUGUGAGCCCCCAGAACCCUGCCUCCAUUUCCAGCCAGGAGAAGGCCACGGACCUGGCUGGGUCUCUGCACAACCUCUGGGUGCCGAGAACUAAGCAGGAGAAAAUGCCGAAAACACCGAUUUUUGGCAGGAAGGGAGGCACUCUAACUGCCCCUGCCAACAGCUGAGGAAACCAGAAGUUCAGGGACCCCUAAGACCUCUCACCCCAGCCUUCUACUCCCCCAGGUUGGGUCCUCUGCUCUUCCUCCCUUCAGCCUCCAAGUUGAGGCCAGGGAGCCCGGAAAAAUGGGUUGCCUGAUUCGUGUUUCUUAGUGCGGCCUUCAAGGCAAGAAGGGAGCAGCCAUUGCCAAGGGCCAAGAUGGUGGCUGCGAGAGCAAUCUGUGGCAAGCUAGCUGCAGUCCCUUAUCUAACCGAAUCCUGAGGCUGGAAGGCCGAGGGAAGUCAAAGACAGAGCGCCACUUUAGCCCGACCCGUGCAAGGGUACCAGCAGACCAUGGCCACGCCAGAGGGAGGGAGGAGAGUCCCUCUCUCCUUUGCCGAAGCUACGUGUAGAGGUGGGAGGAGUGUUUCACACUGGAAG